CAACGCUGCUGCGUUUUUGCGUUUAUAAGAAAAACAAAAAUCAUUUCUCCCAGUGUAAGUCAGAGACAUUGCUUUGCUUACAGUAUGAAGGGAGGAUUGGUUGCUAUCAAUAAACCAUCUGGGAAAUCCUCAGCUCAAUGCUUAAAUGAAAUUAAGGCGAUUAUUUCCAGAAGUGAAUUGGCAAAAUUCUUCCAGCCAGACCCUCCUCACCCCAAUGAUAAAAAUAGCAAACGCAAGAAAUGGAAGCGCAAUGAUAUCAAGAUAGGACAUGGAGGUACUCUUGAUCCUCUGGCAUCAGGCGUUUUAGUCGUUGGCUUGGGCAUUGGAACAAAACAGUUACCGACACUAUUGUCUUGUGUAAAAACGUAUAAAGCCACCUGCUUAUUUGGAUGCUCCACAAAUACUUACGAUUCAUCCGGGAAAAUUAUCCGCGUCGCUACUAAAAUCCCUAGCAAAGAAGAAAUUGCAGAUGGUUUAGCAGCAUUUCGUGGUGACAUUCUUCAGUUACCUCCACUUUAUUCUGCUUUACAUAUUCAAGGAAAACGUCUUUACGAAUAUGCCCGGGAAGGACUGCCCCUACCCGAGAAUGUGAAACCUCGUCCCAUGCGAUGUGACCAUCUUGAACUUAUAGACUUUCACGAAAAGGGUCAACAUAACUAUAACGACCCUGAUACAUUUGCGAGCAAAGAAGAGAUUGAAUCAGAAGAACUCUUGCGCCCAGUCCCUGAUUCCGAGAAGAAAAAGGCUGAAAAUGAUUCAGACGGUGCUGUAAAUCAUGACUCUGUUCAAGACAACAAUGAAAAUUCCCAGCAAAAAUCCUCUAAUGAAGAAGCUUCGGCUGUAAAAUCUACUUCUGUCGAAAGUAUUCGCACUACAGAGGAAAAGGAAGGACAGGAAAAUAAAAAUGAACCAAAAAAUAGAAAAAGAAAAUUAGAGGUAACUGAUUUGGAACGGGGUUCUCGUCCUGCAAUUGGUCCUUCUGCGGUUUUGGAUAUGAGCGUAUCUUCAGGGUUUUAUGUCAGAUCUGUAAUACACGACCUUGCCCAUCAUAUCGGAAGUGAAGCUCAUAUGGUGGAUUUGAUUCGUACCCAACAGGGGGAUUUCGUUUUGGGCAGUGAUGCAUGCUUCGAGUUUGAGGAAUUUCAUUCUGCUGGUUGGGAGCAAAAAUUGGCAUCUUUAUUAAAACUCGAUCUAGAAAACAAAGAAGGUUAAACUAUAAAUAGAAAUAAUGUCUGUAUAAUCGGUCAUCCUAGUCAUUUGUAAAUAAAUAAUUAUAAAUCGCAAAGUCUUCUAAUGAACUCAAAAUAAUAACUUGUUUAUGAUUUCCGAACAUAUGCCUUAAACUCUUUCAAGCGUCCAAUCUGGC